AUGGAUCGUAAAGUUUAUUGUGCAUGCGACAGUGAUUUUACAAGUCACUUCAAGCAACAAGCAGGAAAGGGUUUCGACGAUAUAACAAUCUACCGAGGUCAGCCUUAUCAGAGAGGUUAUGGGUUUGGUAGCAUAUUCAGAAGAAUUGGCAUUCCGAUUUUGAAGUUUUUUGGAAAGGAAUUAUUAAAGACUGGAAUAAAUGUAGGUAAAGAUGUUCUAGAUGAUAAAAAGUUUAAGGAAGCUUUGAAAACUAGAGGAAAAGAAGGUAUAAGAUCUGCAGCUAAGCGUGGGUUAUCAGAAAUCGAAUCAGCUUUUGAUCAACAAGGAUCAGGUUUCAAGACAAUUGAUUCAUCUUAUGAAGUAGAAUAUCGACCUAAUGCAAGUCUUGACAAUGGUGCGAGUUUCGAAAUCAAUGUUCCAGCUAGUGAUGAUUUCACAGAUCUACAAGCAACUAUGUUGCACUUGUUAGUUUCAGUUACAACUGAAGAUGGCAAACCUAUCGGAGAAGUAAACAAAGUCAGGCCAGUUGCUAAUUUUGCAAACGCUAUAUUUGAACAAAUUGAUUUAUUUUUGGGCAGUAUAAACACAUCACCAGCCAACAACAUGUACCAUUAUCAAGCACUAUUAGAAGAUGAACUCUUCCGAUUCCCAACAGCAGCAGAUACAGGGAGAAUGGAAAUCGCAGAUGAAGAUCGAAUUAAAAAUAAAAAUUUUGAUUUGUUUUUUCGCUUGCAUUUGCCACUUUGUGAACAAGAUAAAUUGAUUAUGAGUGCUGUUCCGAUUGCAUUCAGAUUCACGAAAAGCUCUGAUGGAUUCGCACUGGUUAGAUCAGACGAUAAAAAAUACAAAAUUAAAAUAAACUAUGUAAGUCUUCACAUCAAGAGAGUCAAACUAUUCCCUGAUGCUGCUCUUAGUGUGAUUAAGGGUUUAGAAACAGCACCCGCAAAAUAUUUUAUUACGAGAAAUGAAACACGUUGCUUUACUAUUGGACCUAACCUAAGCGCUGCUGCAGUGGAAAAUGUAUUCAGUGGUAUAUUACCACGGAGAGUUAUUAUCGGGUUUGUUGAUGAAGCUGCAUUCAGUGGGUCAUAUGACGAUGAUCCAUUCAUCUUCAAGAAUUAUAAUAUAAACUUUUUAGCUUUAUAUGUUGAUGGAAAUAUGAUACCCAGUAUCCCUUAUACUCCCAACUUUACUGAAGGAUUUUGCAUGAGAGAAUUUGUCAAUCUUUAUCGUUUCAUGAAUCAAGAUGAGGGUCAUCCGCAGAUGCAGAUAACUUACGAUCAAUUUAAAGAAAAUAGAACACUUUUCGCUUUUGAUUUAUCACCUGAUGGAUCUAUUGGGGCUGAGAACGGUACACUAUCUUUAAUAAGAAGAGGUAUUAUAAGACUUCAAGUAAAGUUUUCGAGAUCUAUCGCACAACCUAUCAAAGCAAUCAUAUUUGGACAAUUUGACAAUCUCAUAACUAUCGAUGAAAAUAGAACUGUUACAUUAGACUAUUGA